AUGGCUGCUAGUAUCAAAAUUGGCCAACGGCUCGAAGGAAAAGUCGGAAGUUAUUUUGUCUCUGCGCAGGUCGCGAAAGACAUCUGGACUGCCACCAACUCUCAAGCUGGAAAAGUUAUCAUCAAGACAGCUCCGCAAGGACGCCUCGAAAACGAGCGGGAUGUUCUGAAGCAUUUCCGCACUUGCCCCUACAUUCGCCAGGUGCUAGACGAAACCAAAAAUCCCCCGUCUUUGAUUCUGCAACACUUGGACGAUAAUCUACUACAUGCAUCAAGCGUGAAGACUCUAGAAAGUUCGGAUGUAAAGUUUGUAGCAAAAAGAGUACUCCAAGCAAUUCAGGCUUUGCAUGAAGAUGGGUACACACAUACUGACAUCAAACCGGACAACAUUCUCGUCAAUUAUGGCACUGGAUCAUCUCGCUUUGCCGAUGUUCAACUGGCUGAUUUCGGUGAUGUUACUCGGAUAGAUCCUAAGAAUUACCUCAAGGUCGGGAUGGAUGGACCGCAUAUGGGAGCUGCUAUCUUUAGAAGCCCUGAGGCCAUGAUGCAGCUCAGAUGGGGACAGUCGACUGACAUUUGGUCAUUUGGCACGACGCUUAUAAGUCUCAUUUGGGGUCUCAACUGGCACAUGUUUAAGCCCGACCCCAAAGACGCCACAGCUGACGAUGAAGAGUAUCUGAUCCACAUCAUCAUAAGACAAUUAGCUCACUUUGGUCCUGUUCCCAAGUCUUAUAUAGAUCUCAUUCCGAGAGAGGAUGGUGACAGAUGGUCAAUUCUAGCAUCAGCCACCCAAUACAUCAAGGACAACCAGAAGCAAAGGCCGUUUAAACUAAUUGAGGAUGACUGUCUAACAGAGGAGGACAGGGAGUUUCUGUUGAAGGUCAUGAAGUUAGACCCGAGGGAUCGUCCAACUGCGAGGCAGUUGUUACAGGAUCAAUGGUUCAGUGGUGUACCAUAGCCUCUAUAGGCGAUGAUGGUAUUUUUGUACUUCUGAUUGACUAGAUUUGUACUAUUUUGUAGGGUAGUUAGGGCAUCACAGCGUUACGAAGCUCGAUCCCUUAGACAAAGUCUCCUUCCUAGCGCUUAAUCAAGCAGGAGCGCCUGUACGCUGCUUAACCUCUC